AUGGAUAAUGUUGAGAGUAUAAUUACAGAAAUCUUCAAAAAUGAGAUUUAGAUUAAAAGAAUUAAAAAGGAACUUUAAUCAAUUGAAUAAUUGUAGAAAGAAGAUUUUAAAAUAACAUUAAAAGCACUAAGCCCUAAUUUAUAAAUCAUUAUCGAAAUGCCUCCUAUAAGAUAAUUAAAUUAAUAACAACCAAUUAAAUUUGCAUUAUAUUUAGAUAAUAGAUUUCCUUUUGUCUUUCCAAAAGUGCAUAUAUUAAGCUAAAUCACCAAACCAUCCUUGUCUGAUGGUCGAGACUAUUUAGAAAAUAUUAUCUAAGGACACUGGAGCCCUUAAAUAUUGCUCUAUGAUAUAAUAAAAAUAUUUCCAUAAUUCUUGGAAACAAUUAAAAAAAGUCAAAAUGAUAGAGACUAUCUGUUGCAAUUAGGAAAAUACUAUGAGAAUUAGGAGUUCGAUAUAAGAAUUGGCUUAGAAAAUGUUGAAUAUUUGCAGUGUAAAUAAAUAAUUAAUGGAAAAUAAUAUCCAAGAACGCUUUUAGUUAGCGAUAGUCACCUACUAAAUUUUGAAUAUUAGAGCAAAGAGUUGAUGCUACUCAAUUAUUUUAGUAUGAAAAACCUACAAGAUAUCCAGAAAAUUUAAAAAAAUAUAUUAUUGAACUGGUAAAUAAAUGAUGGUAGCUUAAUUGUUUAAACUUUGACCUCAGCUAAUAUAAAUUAGCUUCAUAAUUCUAUAAACUCCAAUAAACUAGGAUAGACUGCAAGAAGACUUAACAAAGAUGAUGUGACAUUACAAAAAUUUGAAACCAUUUAAAUUAAUGAACUAUUGUAAUAAUUAAGUUUAAAUGAGGUAGAAUUGUCUAAGAACCUCAAUAAAAUCUCUUUAAAUAAUUUAAUGGCUUCAUAUUAAUAAGCUAUUGAAUAUUAUUCAGUAUUUUCAGAUGAAGACUACAAAUAAUAUGUUACUCGUCUUUAAACCUUACUUGGGAGAGAGGAUGUAUAAACUAUCUUAGCUAGUCCUGUUAAAUGA